AUGGCAACCAAAACCAACCAUUCAGUGGCUUCUAUUCUUGGAAUCGGUGCUGCAGAGAGAAGUAACAUCGUUAGCGACCCACCACGUCACCGACAACGUCGUAACCGAACACUGUUCAACGACUCCGCUCUCGACACCUUGGAACAGUCUUUUCAAACCAACCAGUACCCGGACAUCAACCAGAGAGAGCAGCUCGCGGAGUCGGUCGGGGUAACCGAGGCUAGAAUACAGGUGUGGUUCCAAAACCGUCGAUCCCGCCUUCGCCGCAACAAGGGGGCGCCCACACAAAGAUGCGAAAAGCCCGUCGAAUCCCCUUCCCCACCCAAGACUACACCAUCGAAACCGCAACCUCUGGCGACGUUCACUCCACGACCACAACAGAUGGCCAACCCUUUGAACUACCCGAAUUACAUGUUCGGCUACAGCAUCCUAUACCCAUCGGCGAUCCACCCAUCGGCGAUCCACCCUUUGGCGGUCCACCCAUCGGCGAUCCAGAGUCACUACCCAGACCUCGUCGGAUACUCCAGCAGCAGUCCGAAUUCUCCUCUGUGGUCGCCGACCAGUCCCAACUACAUGAAAUUCUUUGACUCUCCUGCCUCUCCAAGAUACAACACGAUUAGCACCCCCUUGAAGACGAUGUUCCCCUUCACUGACGUCUCCCCGGCAAGGCAGAAUUACACCUCCAGCUUGUACACCGGCGGCUUGAUCGCGACAACCACGCCCAUGAAGAUUCCCCUCAAGAUGGCGCCACUGGAUCUCUCUGAUUGGUCCAGUUCUGAGAGCAGACACGCUGACAUCAAGAACAACUCGGGUACCAGUCUAGAGUCGGCGAACAUCAACGUCAGUACAUCUUCUGAUGACGAAAACAGCAAGUGA